GUGUGUGAGGGUCUGACUCAGGACGUUUAAACAUCAGCGUUUAACGGUUUACAGUGUGGACGCGGCGCACAGGUAAACUCGGUUCGGCCAGAAACAGGUGUCUCUCUGGCAUUUCUGUUGUGUGUGUGUGGGGUGGGUGUGUGUAAGACAAGGCGUGUGUGACGCUGUGAGCUGCUGCAGUGAAGACGCGGUGUAUUGUCACACACACUGAGAGACACGGCGAUAAGCAGAUGAAGAAUAAAGCGUAUCAGCGGUGUUCUUUGAGCCAGUGAUGAGAGAGAUGCAAGCUGUUUAUUAGUGACCAUAAUGCACAGCAUGGUGAAAGACAAUAUCUUUUUUUGUUAGCACUGCACUUGUACGAAUGCCUGAGCUUUGAGGUGACUGAUCAAAGUGUGCACUGGAGCAAGCACCAGGCCAACACACAGUCACUGAAGAGGGCAUUGUGAGUCUCACACAGGGGGAUGGAAGCAGUGGACCAGCCCAGUCUACCUCCCUGACUUUCUGGGUGUGGUGGAUAUCCAUUAGGAGACGAAUUAGCUCCAUGCUCAUUUUACACACCCUGCCAGGCUCACCACGCUGCAUUUUGUGAUUGAAGAAUGGGAUUCGAGGUGGAUUUAUUAGUACCUGUACUUGGUUUCUGCUGCAAGGACAUGGGGCUGCUAUGGACACUGCUGGCCUCAGCACUGUUCUCCUGCAGCUCUGCCAUCCUCAUUGACUCUGUAGAAAGCCACAGCACAUUCACCUGUGAGCCCAUAGGACUCCGUAUGUGCCAGGAUCUCCCCUACAACACCACCUUCAUGCCAAACCUGCUCAACCACUAUGACCAGCAGACGGCCGCCCUUGCCAUGGAGCUUUUUCACCCCAUGGUGAACCUGCAGUGUUCUCCAGACCUGAGGCCCUUCCUGUGUUCGCUCUACGCCCCCGUGUGUACGGAGUACGGCCGCAUGUCGCUGCCAUGUCGCAGCCUGUGUGUCCACUCGAGAAGAGACUGUCACAAGCUAAUGGAUAUGUUUGGCGUUUCGUGGCCUGAGGAGAUGGAGUGCAGCAGGUUCCCAGACUGUGACGAGCCAUAUCCCCGUGCUGUAGACAUGAUGACCACCAUGAACACCUCAGAUGAGCUGCCCAAGACAGUGGGGCGAGACUACGGUUUCUGGUGUCCACGUGAGCUGAAGAUUGAUCCUGAGCUGGGUUACACAUUCCUGGGUGUGCGUGACUGCUCCCCUCCCUGCCCCAACAUGUAUUUUAGACGAGAGGAGGUCACCUUCGCCCGCUACUUUAUAGGCGUCAUCUCCAUCGUCUGCCUGUCCGCCACACUCUUCACGUUUCUUACAUUCCUCAUCGAUGUCACGCGUUUUCGCUACCCAGAGCGGCCCAUCAUCUUCUACGCCGUGUGCUACAUGAUGGUGUCACUGGUCUUUUUCUUGGGCUUUCUACUAGAGGAGCGAGUGGCAUGUAAUGCAGCGAGCCCCGCCCAGUUCAGAGCGUCCACAGUGACUCAGGGCUCCCAUAACAAAGCGUGUACUCUGCUCUUUAUGGUGCUCUACUUCUUCACCAUGGCUGGAAGCGUGUGGUGGGUGAUCCUCACAAUCACCUGGUUCCUGGCUGCUGUGCCCAAGUGGGGCAGCGAGGCCAUUGAAAAGAAAGCCCUGCUGUUCCAUGCUAGUGCCUGGGGCGUGCCUGGUGUGCUGACUGUAGCGCUGCUGGCCAUGAAUAAGAUCGAGGGUGAUAACAUCAGUGGCGUAUGUUUUGUGGGACUGUACGACGUGCACACCCUGCGUUGGUUCGUGCUCGCUCCGCUGUGCCUGGACGUGCUGGUCGGCGUGUCUCUGCUUCUUGCCGGAAUCGUGGCACUAAACCGGAUCCGAAUGGAGAUCCCUCUGGAGAAGGAGAACCAGGACAAACUGGUGAAGUUCAUGAUCCGUAUCGGCGUCUUCUCCGUCCUUUAUCUGGUGCCACUGCUGACGGUGUUGGGCUGUUACCUGUAUGAACAGGCGUACCGUCCAUUGUGGGAGACCACCUGGGUUCAGGAUCGCUGCAGAGAGUAUCACAUCCCCUGCCCUUAUCAGGUGGAGCAGACGAGCAGGCCUGACCUGGUUCUCUUCGUUAUGAAGUACCUGAUGGUGUUGGUUGUUGGAAUCCCCUCUGUGUUCUGGGUAGGAAGUAAGAAAACCUGCUUCGAGUGGGCCAGCUUUCUUCAUGGCCGCAGACGCAAAGACAGUGCGGAGAACAACAGCCGUCAGGUUCUGCAAGAGCCCGACUUUGCUCAGGCUCUGCUGCGUGAUCCCAAUACGCCCAUUAUUCGAAAGUCACGUGGCACAUCCACACAGGGCACAUCGACCCACGCCUCCUCCACUCACCUGGCCAUGUUAGAUGACGUGCGCAGCAAAGCGAGCAGCGUCCACAGCAAGAUGAGCAGCUACCACGGCAGCCUGCACCGCUCACGUGACGGCAGGUACACUCCCACCAGCCACAGAGGCAUGGAGGAACGCCCACCUUACGGGAGCAUGCCUCGCCUUAACGAGCAACUAUCUCGUCACAGCAGCCUACACCGACUCGACAGCCAAUCACGGCACAGCAGCACAAGGGACUUAAGCCAUCCAACACCUGCCAACAUAACACACGGCUCAAGCAUGAACCGAGUUGUGGAGGAAGACGGAAUGAGUGCGUAAUCACUGGAAAGUUCAGUUUAAGUUCGCGACACCUCGGUGUCAAUUUCGUACUGUGGACUUAAGAACCAGAGACCUGAUGCUCUACAGAGGGAGAAGGUGCUUAAAUAAAGACUGCACUCAAACCGGUGCACAGUUUCUGUAUUUUACAUGUAUAGAAGAGCCUUUGGAGGAAUGCGUCACCCUGUGGUACAUUUUACAACUUUGUAAGACAGUUUUUUUUUUUUUUUUUUUGAUACUGUGAAGUUCAGGGCAAGUGAGUAUAGUACUACAGCAUUACUCUGCCCCCUGCUGUGGAACUGCAAAAGUUUCAGUUAUGGCAGUUAAAAACUAAUUUUAAAAAAGGCGAGCAGCUGAUGCUUAGAGAGAAGUUUUUUUUUUUUUUACUUGCUGACUUACAGGUUUUUCAUUAUGUAAUCAUCUUAUCUCUCACAGCUCUAAGCAUCUUGUCUGAGCAGCUCCAGAUUCCACUCUGUGCAAAGCUUUUACAUUUUAGCUUGUUUAAGCACUCAAAGUCAAGCAAAAAGUUGGAACUGAAUCAAAUGUUAGUGUACUUGGCAAUUAUGUGCCUCUGGCAAGCAAUUAUAUAUUCAAAGAUGAAGAAAAAGAUUUAUUCACAUUAGCGCUUGUAAUGUGUUUCUGUACAUUUACUGCAGUACUAUUCCUCAGAAACCUGAAAACCUCACUUUCACCAUUCCCUGCUCCAUCAGCCUACCUCAUCAGCCCUGAGAUCCCACACCUGCCUCAACCUCACUAAACAUUUAACCUGCGAUCAUGAUCCUGUUAAUUAUUAUAUACUGAUUCAGCUUUAUGAGAGUUGCCAUGACUUGCAAAGUGCAGCUUUUUCACAACAUACCAUAAUAGGCAAGAAAACAUUUGGAAAUCUACAUUAAUAAACACUGAAGUCAGUGGCAUCACGACUGUGCACAAGUGUGUGCUUAACUGAUUCUGGGAAAUAAACAAGUUUGUCUGCACGCUAUAUGCAAAAAGCUUUUAAAACUAAUUUUGCUUGACAUUUCUGUUAGUCACUCCAGUAUGCAAUGUGCGCUCCUACUGUAAGCAUGUAAAUGUGCAACACUGUAAAAUACUUCUGCAUCCAGGCGCUUCUCUGGUACAGAAAUCAGAAGUGAACACACAUUUAUAUCAAGUUAUAAAUAUUUUGUCAUAUUUGAAGUGUCUCUUUUUAUUUUUUAUUUUUAUUGAGCUGCACCAAGUUAUAAUUUUGUUAAAUCAUAGCUAAAUCCAGAUGUCUGGGUAAUUAUCCUCAGUGCUUUCGUUUACCUGUUGCAAAAGUGAAUUAUCUUUGUGGUAUUUAGUGCCUGAAAAUGUGACUGUGGACCUGAGACUUGUAAAAUGACCACGCUUUAACAGCUACUACUACAUGUCUAGUUUCUUUGCCUUCAGUCUCCAACGUAUGCUUAAUACUUUGUGGAUCAACUUAUAAUCUAUACUGUAGGGACUGCAGCUUCUUGUAGAGGGAGGAAGAUUUAGCACUUUAACUGUGGCUAGCUGUUGAAUGUGUGUAGAUAUGCUUUUCAAUUUUAGGGUCUUGCAAAAUUUCAGA